GACAAUUAUCGAUAACACUAUCCUCGUCCGACUACACUAGUGCAUUUCACAUUUGCAAGUGAUCAGUUAUUCAUAGCUUGUUUGUAGUUCGGCCAACACGACUUUUUCUUAUAUGUAACGAUCCAAAGUAAGAACAACAUCUACAACAAUGAACAUAGAAAAAUUAUCCGUCAUUGAUUUUUACAAUGGUAAAUCGAUACUCAUUACCGGUGGCACAGGAGACAUGGGUAAGCUUCUGGUGGAAAAAUUACUGAGAUGUUUUCCAAAACUCGGCUGCAUUUAUCUACUCAUUCGAGAUAAAAAGGCCACUAUGGCGUCGGAACGACUAUCAACGCUGCUCGAUUCACCGGUGUUUGAUGAGCUUCGCCAUUGUAGUCCCAAUAUCUUCUCGAAAGUCAGGAUCAUCGAGGGAGACUUAUGUGUGUCUGAUUUGGGCCUCUCCAAAGCGAACCAGAAAAUUUUGAUCGAGAAGGUUUCAAUUGUAUUUCACUGUGCUGCUAAUGUUCGAUUUAAUGUGCCACUGGAGGAAGCAAUAAACAUCAAUCUUUUUGGCACUCGACGGCUUCUGGAGCUUUGCCACAAUAUGAUACAAAUUGAAGUAUUUAUACAUGUUUCAACGCUAUUUUCAACCUGCUACAAGAAGACUAUUGAAGAAUGCAUUCCAUUUAUUCCCGCUAUCAAUGGAGUCGUCGAUUUCACUCAGAAUGAGGAUGAUGUUAUGAAGGCGAUACCACCGGAACUGGUAAAGAACUGGCCCAAUACGUAUACUUUUUCAAAAGCAUUGACAGAAAUAAUGCUGAAAGAUCUGCGAGGUAAAAUACCGGUGGGCAUAGUUCGGCCUUCAAUCAUAGUAUCGUCAUUGAAAGAGCCAAUGCCUGGAUGGAUCAACAGUUUUUACGGCCCAACGUACAUGAUUACCAACGCAGCAUUAGGAAUUUUGAGAACUUCCAUCUGUGAGACGAAUAACACAGCCCAUGGGAUACCUUCAGACAUGGUUAUCAAUCUGCUUCUCUGUGUAGCACCAAAAACUAAAUAUGAAGGAGUGGAGAAAAUCGAAGUUUAUAAUUUUUGCACAAGCAGACAAAAUCGUCUAACUGUGAAGCUACUCUUUGAAGAAACAGAAAAAAUAUUCAGGAUGUAUCCACUAAUGAGAGCGAUUAGAUAUCCAAAUCACACACUCAGAACAUCAGAAAUCAUUCAUGCAGUUGUCACUGCUGUGCAACAUCGUCUCUUUGGCUAUGUGUUCGACCUGAUUGCCUUAUGUACUUUCAGAAAACCCAGCCUGUCAAGAAUUUACAGUAGUUUAUCAAAACAUGCAACGAAUACCAAAUUUUUUACCCUCAAUGAUUUCACGGUAUUCGGUCAUAAUGUGGAGAGACUUAAUGCAGACCUCAGCGAAAGGGAACGAGAAAUAUUCUACUUUGAUGUGAAGACACUGAAUUGGAUGUCAUUUCUUCGAGAUUAUGCACUGGGUAUUAGGAAGUAUCUGCUAAAAGAAGACCUGAUGAAUUUGGGAGAAGCGGUGCCAAGGAUGAAGAAGUAUUUUCUUGAAUUUAUUGGAUCGAGAAAUUCCUGCAGUCAUUCGUGUCCCUCACAUCGCUUUUUCUGAUUUACUUUUUCAUACGAAACAGAUGUAGACGAUACAAUAGAAGAAUUUAGUUAUAUCCACCUACCGUACUCGAUGGAGUGUUUUUUCUGAUUGUCCUGGGUGGAUUAUUCGAUGGCUACUCGAUGAUUAAUCGCUUGGACAUCGACUUGAGCACUUGAUCAAUGGCUGGUUGAUCGUUAAUCGAUGACUGAGUUAUAAUCAAUCAAUUGAUGGUCGAGUUCUGGUUGAUGGGUCAACAGAUGUCAUUCGAUAAGGGUGGUUGAAACAACUGAAACUUUAGUGAUAGUUAGUGAGCUCUCAAAAUGUUGCUGAAUAAUACUGUAUUAGAUUCAAGAAUUAUAAUUCAUUCAGUAAAAUUAAAAUGUGAUUUCAAGCAAAGUACAGAUCCUGUCAUCUUCCAUCAACAUCCUUGAUUUUCUAUCCUUGAUUACAAGGAUUCCAUUACUGGCCAACAUUUUCGUAACUGAUUCUCGCUUUUCAUUAUAUAAUUAUCAAUGACAUUGUCGACCCAAAUGCACUAAACAGUAACGACAAUAGAAAGCAGGUAACGUGUGCAGAGAGGAUAUGAAGAGCUUCGAAAUCUACCAGGAGACAAAGGCAUACUUCGGCUCGAAUUCACAUUCGGAGAAUACAGUCAGAGAAUUUCAAUCAUUUGUAGUUACACUAUAAUCAUGGCCACGAUCAUAUUUUGAAAUAAAAAUUUGUUAAUGUACCAUCUUUGCAACAUGUGUGACGCUCCCAGCUCGAAUGAUAUAAAUAAGUACUAAAGGAGAACCCGUAGAGUGCAAAUGUCAUUUAAAAUCUUAUCAAACCCUAGCAAAUGCAUUUCCACUGUAAUUUCCAUACAUUCGGCCAUAGCCUUGACCGCCAAGAGUGAUAAUUCAACACAAGUAUCUAUUAAAAUGCUAGAAUCAGUGUGGAAACUCGCAGAACUGUCAUUGGAGACCAUGAAAAACUAAUGAAGCCAA